AUGUCCACAGUUAGACGAAGAAGUCUUAGCGUGGGAGUGGCAGGAACCGUUGCCUACAUGUCCUACCAAAAGAUGUCGGUGGCGACGUACUUCAAACUGUUAGAUUAUUCAAGGUUCGGUAUCAUCAAUCUAAUUUUAGUUUCAUCCUACUACUCCUCCAAGUUUGUUAAAUGGGUAGUUUUUGGUGAACUAAGGCCCACAGAAAUCCAGAAUUUGAAAGAUAGCCUGUUUUAUACCUCGUACGAAUUCAUAUUAGGGCUUAUCAUGGUUCGAGUAUUAAAUGGAGACGUGUUUGACUGGAAUCAGGCCCUGAAAUAUGGAGGGUUUUUUUUGAGCGUCUUGUUGCUUAAGAGUUUUCAUUACUUGACUAUGGACAGAGUUCGAAACAUUUUUCCGAUGUACAAACAUUCUGGAAGAAAUCUCACUUUAUUGCACUUACGAUUUGCCAUGGGCAUUGUACUACUACACUAUGUGGAUGUUGUACUGAUGAUUCAGUUUUUCCGUGAAAUCUUCUUCAACUCAAAACAGAUGGAUCUUCUGGUCCUGAUUUUUGGAUUUGAAGUUUUCAAUCUACACCCAUUGAUUGUGUACACUUCAAUUACUUACCUCGGUAAUUACCUGGAGUUUCGGCGACAAAGUCCUUCAAGGUACGGGGAUGAUUACAGGUCAGACCUCAAGGAGAGAAUAUUUCAUCUGGUCGAUGUCAUCGUGAACAUAAUACGGCUUGGAAUGUUUAUUCUAUUUUCAUCGUUGUUUGUCACUUUUUUUACUAUCCCAGCUUUACAUGUGCUACCCUCUCUUUACAUUUGCCUCAGGCAGUUGAUUGGAAGAACACGGCGAUUAAUAUGGUUACAGAAAAAUGCUAUCAAACUGGUGCAUAUUAACAACGAAUUAGAGGACACAGAUUUAUCAUUAAUGACCAAAGUUGAUAAUAAAUGUGUUAUCUGUUUAGAUCGUUUGGACUCUCCCAAUCGAACUGCCAAGAAGUUAAGAUGUGAUCACACUUUCCACUCUAUUUGUAUCCAAAGCUGGAUGCUGGUAUCCAGGAACUGUCCUGUAUGUAGGUACAAGGGAAAGGACACAGUGGUCAGGUAA